AUGGCUCCCUCAGCCAUCUCAACCAGCCCUCCCCCCUCCGAAACAAACGGGACCUCGUCACUGGCGAGCUACCGGGGCUAUGACUAUAUCCACUGGUACGUCGGCAACGCCAAGCAAGCGGCAACCUACUACAUAACCCGCAUGGGAUUCAAGCGGGUCGCAUACCGCGGCCUAGAAACCGGCAGCCGGGCAACAUGCUCGCACGUCGUUCGCAACGGCGACAUCACCUUCAUCCUCACCUCUCCACUGCGCUCGCUGGACCAGCUCGAGCGGUUUGAUGCCGAGGAGCAGGAGCUACUGAAAGAGAUGCACCGACACCUUGAGAAGCACGGCGACGCUGUCAAGGAUGUUGCGUUUGAGGUGGAUGACGUCGAGGCCGUGUACUAUGCUGCUGUGAAGAACGGUGCAAAGGCCGUUUCGGAGCCGAAGAUUCUCGAGGAUGCCAAUGGGUGUGUCAAGGUCGCUACGAUCCAGACUUACGGAGAGACGACACAUACUCUCAUCGAGCGGAAUGAGUAUCACGGCGUCUUUAUGCCGGGGUAUCGCUCUGAAUCGGGCGCCGAGGAUCCUCUGGCGAAGUUCUUGCCCGGCGUGCAGUUGAAGCGAAUUGAUCACUGUGUUGGGAAUCAGGACUGGGAUGAGAUGGACAAGAUCUGCGAGUACUACGAGAAAGCGCUCGGCUUCCACCGCUUCUGGUCCGUAGACGACAGCCAAAUCUGCACAGAGUUCUCAGCGCUCAAGAGCAUCGUGAUGUCAUCCCCGAAUGACAUCGUCAAAAUGCCCAUAAACGAGCCCGCCAAGGGCAAGAAGCAGUCCCAGAUCGAGGAGUACGUGGACUUUUACAAUGGAGCGGGUGUGCAGCACAUCGCCCUCCUAACGGACGACAUCAUCCGCGACAUCACGAAUCUGAAGGCGCGCGGCGUCGAGUUCAUCAAGGUGCCAGAGACGUAUUACACGGACAUGCAGGCGCGUCUGAAGAAGGCCGGGCUCGUGCUCCACGAGGACUUUGAGACGAUUCGGAGUUUGGAUAUUCUGAUUGAUUUUGAUGAGGGAGGGUAUUUGCUCCAGCUUUUCACAAAGCAUCUCAUGGAUCGGCCUACGGUGUUCAUUGAGAUUAUCCAGAGACACAACUUCUCCGGAUUUGGGGCUGGGAAUUUCAAGUCCCUCUUUGAGGCUAUUGAGAGGGAGCAGGAGCUGCGCGGGAAUCUAAUUUGA